AUGGCCAGCCAUAUCAUUGGCAACCGAAACAGCACUCCGGACGCUUCUAAUUCUACGCUGCGUCCCCCGUCCUCCGCUCGCAACUUAGGCUCCCAUCAGCUGCGAGCCUCGGCCGAUAUGUCCGGAUUCCCCUCUCCUCUGUCCUCGCGCAGCAUCCGCCCGUCAUCCGAAGUAUUCUACAAUCAGCAGUCUCAGGGUCAAAACGACGACGCGAUGGACCGUGCUGCCCAGCAGUGGCUCGCCGAUAUCGACCAGUACGAAACCACUCUUGAAGAGAUGGCGGCGGCUACUCUGGACCAGGACUUCAAGGAUGAGCUUAGUGCUAUUGAACAAUGGUUCCGGGUUCUCAGUGAAGCGGAAAGAACGGCUGCACUCUAUGCUCUGCUGCAGCAGACAACACAAGUGCAGAUCCGUUUCUUUAUCCAGGUUUUGCAGCAGAUGGCCAAGAGCCACCCCAUGUCGGGACUGCUGUCUCCUGCCAACUUUGGCGAAAAAGAUGCCAUGUCGAACCGCCUGAACGAUGCUAUGUCCAAGCUGAACGUCGAUAGUUCCCGUAACUCUCUUGGUCGCCCUCCGCCUUCCCCCGGUGCCAAGCGCAACUCAGCCCUUGACUCGUCUACUAUCAAUGCGAUGUUCCCGGAUGCCGCUGCGGCCAUUGCCAAGAAGAAAGCUGAAUUCACCCAGCAGACGGGUAACGCCCCACCAUCGAACCGCAACAGUGCUGUGUUCGGAGACCGUACAUCGUUUGUUGCACCUACUAUCUCUGGACCAGACAGCGGUGCGGAGGGCUUGGGCCAGCCGCCUGCUUCCCCAUGGGCUCAGCGUGGCGCCUCUGAACCUCAGCCGCCUAUCGCCCGGCCCAAGUCUUCGUCUGGCCACGGCCACCAGCCCAUGGGACAAUUUAGCUCCGGCCUGCGUUCCCCUCUUCCCACUCAGACCGCGACUAUCCCUGCCCCGGAAAUUGAAGCGCCUUUACUGUCUCCCUACAAUGUUGGAAACGCAAGCUGGGCGUCUAUGACAAACACCCCCAUGACGGCUACUUUCGGCCAGCAAGCCCAGCAGCAGCCUCAGCAGCAGAAUACACAGGCCGAUAUGGUCGCUAAUGCUACGGCGAUGAAACUGGCGGCCUUGUCCACGGUGAACAACCGCAUCGCGCUGGAUGACGCUCGCAAGUACCGCCGCGCUCGCUCAAACGAUGGCCAAGGAAAGAACUCGAACAUCAAUGUGCCCCAGUCCAUGUCACAAGGCCUUCCGAGCCCAGGUCUUCCCGGAGGAAACCUGGUUGCCGGUCAGCUCUUGAACGCUCAACAACUUGCGGCUUUGCAAGCUCAGCAGCAGGCUGCGAUGGCAGGUCGACGCUCGCGCCCAACCUCUCCCGGAAUUGCCAUGCAGGGUGGGGGUCUCGGUGGAAUGGGAUUCACCUCGCCACAAAACAAUGGGUUUUUGGCGGCUUAUGACCCUAGCAAUCCUCUGAUGGGCAACGGACUGGGUGCUCUUGGAAUUGGACAAUUUGGUCUGGGUGGUCAUGAAGGUUACCUGUCUGACCACUCGGAGGUCACUCGUGGUCGCUCUCCUCGCGGUCGUCGCGGUAGCUCGAAGCCCCCAGAAGACCCAACUGACCCCAACCUGCUGAAGGACAUUCCCAGCUGGCUGAGAUCUCUGCGGUUGCACAAGUACACAGACAACUUGAAGGACCUUAAAUGGACUGAGUUGGUUGAGCUGGAUGACAAGGCGCUGGAAGACCGCGGUGUUAAUGCGCUUGGUGCUAGAAACAAGAUGCUAAAGGUCUUUGACCAGGUCAGAGAGGCCAAGGCAGAUGGAAAACUCGAAAACGUCAAUUGA